CGAUCAGCUGUUCAAAUUUAGUUUUUAGCUUUCAUAGCUUUAAUUGCCGGUUGGACGACGUCAAUUAGGCGCAGCGGCAUGUACAACUCGGCCAAGCAGCUGCAGCGCGUGCUGACGGCGCGGGAGAUCCGAAAGACGUUCCUCGACCACUUCACCGUCAACCAUGGCCACAAAUUCGUUCGCUCCAGCCCGGUGGUGCCCUUCUGCGAUCCCACGGUGGCGUUUGUCAACGCGGGCAUGAAUCAGUUCAAGUCCGUGUUCCUCGGCACGGCAGCGGCUCCCCACAAGCGGGUGGUCAACUCACAGAAAUGCGUCCGGGUGGGCGGCAAGCACAACGAUCUGUCCGUGGUGGGCACAGAUGGCUACCAUCAUACCUUCUUCGAGAUGCUGGGCAACUGGUCCUUCGGGGACUACUUUAAGCGGGAGGCAUGUGCCAUGGCACUGGAGCUACUCCGCGGUCCCUACAACAUCGACCCAGCCCGCUUGUAUGUAACCUACUUUGCCGGUGACAAGGUGCUAGGCAUCCCUGCUGACUUGGAGUGCUUCGAGAUCUGGAGGAGUUUGGGCUUUCCCGCCUCGCGUAUCCUUCCCUUUGGCUGCACAGACAACUUCUGGGAGAUGGGCACCACCGGGCCGUGUGGUCCCUGCACAGAAAUCCACAUCGAUCAUCGUCCGGAUCUUGGCAGUGUGGAACAGCGCGCAAAGCUGGUAAAUGCAGGCCGCUCCGAUCUCACUGAGCUAUGGAAUCUCGUCUUCAUACAGUACAAUCGCCUGGCGGACGGAUCAAUCACAGAGCUACCCGCUCAUCACGUGGACACUGGCAUGGGCUUCGAACGUUUGACCGCUUUACUGCAGAACAAGACUUCCAACUAUGAUACAGACUUGUUCACGCCAAUCUUCGACAGCAUACAGCAGGUGGCGAAGGCACCGGCUUACGGCGGAAGUUUCUCGGCCGAAGCAUCGGUAGAUACCAGCUACAGAAUUCUGGCGGACCACGCGCGCAUGGUUACCGCGUGUCUGGCCGAUGGAAUGCUUCCCGAUCAGAACCAAAAGCUGCGUCGUGUGCUGAGAAAGGCUCUAAAUAUCUCCGAUCAUGUCUUCGGUCAUGAGAAGCUGUUGACCCAACUAGUUCCUAUAGUCGUGGAGACGCUGGGCGAGGCCUAUCCAGAGAUGUCUUCCCGCCAGCAGGCAGUCGUCGAUCUUAUCAACCACGAGCAGGAGGUGUACAACAACCUGCGCGAAAGUUCUUCCAAAGCGUUUGCCGAGGUACUCACAGAGUUUCCCAACCUAGACGAUAUUGAUCUUAUGGAAUGUCCAGGCUUUGUGCCUGCCUACCGGGAGUUCCAGGUUCAGCGCAGCCGAUUUCCAAAUAACACCAUACCGGGUGACUUUCUCUACAAGCUGACUGACACCUAUGGUCUCACGGAAGAGAGCUUUCUCAAGCUGGCCGAGCUAGAGAACAUGAACUGUGAUCUGGAGCGCUACAGAGCGGAGGUUUCGCUGGCCAAGAUCAAGGCCAAAGGCGGCCAGCGAGAAAACGGAGAAGCACUCUGCGAUCUAGCAAGCGAUCAACGCAUUGCAGAGGCCCAGGCGAAGCUAACGAAGCGUCUGACAGCCACCGACAACAGUCACAAGUAUGUCUACACCUUCGACAAGGAAAGUGAUUCCUACAGGAUACCGCCGCUGAGGAGUCGCGUAGUGGGAAUGCUUCUCAACGAUGCGGAGGUGUCACGCACCCAAGCCAGUCGUCUCCAAGAGCCCUCCACCGACAUUAUUUCCAUUGUCACUGCCUCCAGUAACUUCUACUACGAGUCUGGGGGACAGCAAUCCGACGAAGGAAAGAUCAUUGUACAAAAUAAGCUGCGACCAGAGCAGCCUCACCUGCUCAAUGUGAUCUGCGUGAAGCAUCUCAACGACUGCGUAGUUCACAUGUGCAGGUUACCUUCCUCCCCCUCAAGCGAUACCUUCGAGCUGGCCAUCGGAGACGAAGUGGAGCUACAAGUGGACGCUGAGCAGAGGCAACUCAACACAUGCCAUCACACAGCUACUCAUCUGCUGAACGCUGCCAUCCGCUCGCUCUUCAACAAGGUCACCUACCAGGUGUCUAGUUCGGUGACCAGCGAUCAGUGCAAGCUCGAGGUCGGACUCCUGGGCAAGCGCAUCCAAAAGAGCGAUGUCCAGCUCAUCGAGGAUCUGAUCAACCGCAUAAUUUGCUCCGCGACGCCUGUUCGGGUGGAACUAUUGAGUGCCGCCCAAGUGCUGCAACAAAAUGACAUUACUAUGGUGCCCGGCGAGGUGUAUCCGGAGCAGGGCUUGCGUCUAGUCAACGUAGAAAGCCCUGAACUGCAACUCAGCUCCAAGGAGCUGUGCUGCGGCACUCACGCCACCAACACAAUGGAACUCUCCUGCUUCUGCAUCGUCAAUCUCAAGCAAACUAAUCGGGCGCGCUUCGCCUUCACCGCUGUGGCUGGCCAGGCGGCGGAGAAUGUUCUCAAAACCGCUGCCCUGCUGCGACAUCGAGUGGAUUUGCUUGAGAAGCAGUUUCAGACCGACAAGCUUACCAACGCCACAGAGGCGGAACUGCAGACCAUCCGUCACAAUAUGCUGCACACCGACAUCAAGCUGCCAUACGCCUUCAAGAUGGACACACUGGAGCGUCUCAAUGAGACGCUCAAGAGAAUCAAGGACUCUUCGCGCACAACUUUAAAGGAAUUCGUCGAAGUGGAAAUGCGCAACCUGCUGCAGGAGAAGCCUCUCGAAAGUCACCCUUUCAUUUUGCACUACAUCACCAGCUCGGCCCUCGUAGAAGAAAUUCCGCUGCAGCGGGCCACCAAACUCUGUCCGGAUCGGCCUAUCCUGGUGGUCAGCAUGUGUGACAGUGUGGUCAAGGCACGCUGCUGCGUACCAGCCAGCUGCAUCGGUGACCAAUUCAAUGCAUCCACCUGGCUGCAGUCUUUCGCGAACACGUUCGGUGGUCAAGUCUCUGCGCCCAAGGGUCAGGAUCCUCGGACCGUGUGCAACAUGAAGGCCCGGAGAGUCAGCAAUCUGUUCGAGGAGCAGCUGGACCAGGCACUGGCCCAGGCGAACGCUUUCGCCAAACUUUAUCUAUAGGUUAUUUCUAGUUGUGAUCAUCGCCCUCCAAAAAAUGUGAGAGCUUAGAGCUUGGCCCUUUAAUGUUUUCUAUUGUGAAUAUAACGCGGAAACUGUUUAAUCACUGA